CACACCCACACCGCAUCGCAAGCAUGGCCAAGUCGCUCCGCUCCCGCUCCAAGCUCGCCGCACGCACGGCCAAGCGCCGCGACCCCAACAGCGACUACGCCGUCGCCGAGGCCGCGCGCACAAACGCCCUCGCCAAGCGCCAGGCCGAGCGCAUCCGCGGCAAGAAGCUGCGCGAGCAGGAGGCCGCCGAGGCGCAGGCUGAGCAGGGCGACGAGGCUGAGGGCACCAUGGAGGUCGACGGAGACGCCGGCGACGCAGAUGUCGCAGACGAGGCCGACGCCGACGCCGAGCCCGUCAAGGUCUCCACGUCCGGCACGCGCGAGUCGCGGCGAGAGACGUGGCGCAAGGCAAAGGGCUGGAAGCCCAAGGUAGGCAAGGGCACCAGCCACGAGGGCCGCAGCAAGAACAACGGGCGCGUCAAGCGCAGGAGAUAGGCGCCGAGCAGUGUCUUGCUGCUCUGCGACAGCAGUCUGCUCUCAGCCUGAGCCCGACGCCUGCUUCGGUGGCUGUCGUGCUCGCCGCUCGGCCACGCCACAGCUUCACAGCAGUAGCCGUGCCGGCAUCUUUCCUUCUCCAGCAGAGCCGGUCGCGCUCCGCCAUCGCCAGGACCCCUCUUUGAUUCGACCUCUGACUUCUCACUUGUACUUGUACCGCAUCGUCAUACAUCUGCUGUCC